AUGGAAGGUUUACAGCGACGUUUCAAGUCGACGACCGAGCCAAAUCCCGAAGAUGAAAACGAGUUUCUCGAUGAGCAACAGCAAGAAGAGCUCAUCAGCGAACUACGUACCAAGAAUGAUCAGUCCAAUUUAGCGAUUCAGCGUGGUAUCAUCUUGGUUGGGGUUCUCGUUUCAUCCAUUUAUACUAUCUUUUUGUAUGAUACCAUGUUCCCCUCGACAUUUCUUUCGGUGCCACACAUUCCCAACCCCUUCAAUGCUAUUCCAGCUGUAACACCAGCACCCGAGGUAUCCGCUACAACAAGCAUUCUAUCGCUCUUUGGUUCCGUUUUCACAUUCGCUCGAGGAUGCCGUCUUACUGCAAUGCAAAUCAUUUGGUCACCACCUCCUCCCAACCGAGGUUUCAACAAGAUCAAUAUACUGACAGCAGCACCUGCAGCAUGCUUAGGAUUGAUUGCACCAGCUAUUGCAUUGUAUGGUGGCGUGCCAUGGCUUGAAUUUGGUUUUUGGUCGAUUCCAUUCUUGGUGCUGGGUAUGAUGGCAUUCGCUAUUCACAUGAUGAUUCAAGUGGAAAACAACAUUGAUGACCUUGACAAAGCACGAUACAAGUACAAAGGAGCUUAA